AUGAAUUCGAUCCGCCAAGUACAGGCGCUCAAUAAGCGCGAGCUGGAACACGCUAUACCGCCGGAGGCGUCAUGGCAUGCGGACUACCGUGACACCGCGUAUAUCUACAUUGGAGGACUUCCAUUCGAUUUGACAGAGGGCGAUGUCGUUACAAUCUGCUCUCAGUACGGGGAACCGGUCUAUGUCAACCUCAUCCGGGACAAGGAAACGGGCAAAAGCAAAGGCUUCGCGUUUCUCAAAUACGAAGACCAGCGCAGCACAGACCUUGCGGUGGAUAACCUGGGCGGUGCAACAGUUCUAGGCCGUAUGUUGCGAGUGGACCAUACACGGUAUAAGCGACGCGACGACGAGGAGGAGGGGGACAAUGUCGCAAAGCUGAUGGGUGAUGCGGUGGCCACCGAGAACACCGGAGACAAGCCUGGCGGCCGACGCGAAGGGUCUGCCAAUCGCGAAGAGAAGCGGCCAUUGUUGAAGGAGGAGAAAGAAUUACAGGAACUGAUUCAAAACCAUGAUGACGAAGAUCCGAUGAAAGAAUAUCUCAUCGAGGCAAAGAAGGAAGAGGUUGCGCGUGCAGUCGAGAAGUACAGGGGGAGCGACAAGAAGUCAUCCCGGCGACGAGAUGACAGCAGGGAGCGUUCGAGCCGACACAGUCGUCGACAUCGGUCUCGCGAGCGCGAGCACAGACACCGAGAUGACCGUUCGAGAGAGAGGACGACUCGACGUCGGUCGACGGAUCGUGAGAGGAGAUCCCACAGAGAUCGAACACCGGUGAUGUCUCGCUCGGAACGUGAUCGCGAAGAUCGCUCCCCGGCCCGUGAGAAAGGGCUGCAGCGUCGAUCAGAGGAAAGGUCUAGAAGAGAUCGGACAUCCAGAUCACGCUCGCCUCAGUCACGGAGACACCGGAGUGACCGAGGCCGAGAUGAUCGCCGUUGA